CUUGAAGCCCCACCCAAAAAAACACACCCAUAAUACUCCCAUUCCAGACCUGCUGUCAGUCACUGAGGUAUGCUGCUGCUGCUGCAUGAAUCUAUUGCUUGCAGGACAAGUUUACUGAAUACAUUUUCUAAACUGAAGAUAUAAAUGACAGCUUUUUUAAACUGACUGAACGUUUAUCACGGCACAUGUUUUUUCAUUGCUUGCUCGACCUCUCUUCACAUGACUGACACAGUCCCGGGGGUGCAUUUGGCUCAUGUUAGCCAAUAGACAAUGUGAGGGCAGGACUGACUGGAUUCCUCCUCUUGAUUUCAAAAAGAGAGCUUGAUAUUUUUCUACUCACUUUUACGCAUACAUAGGACUAGGCAGUGAGACUGCAUGAUAAUUUGCUUGUUAAGAGCAGUCCAUGCCUGCAUCAUGUCUCAACAGGCAUGUUUCUAAUAUUAAGCAAUGUCACCUGCAGUCUGCAAGCCAUGAGAGGGAUUGUGUUUGGUCUGGGAUGGUUGUUAAAAAGUUGCUGCACUCCUGGUGAGACAAUGACCCGCGACUUUGACACUGUCAGGAUUAAGCUUAAUGAGGAGUUCAUGAACUGACAUUGUUAAAUUUAGAGCUCAGUUGCUCACUAGAAGAGGGAGUCCUGGAAACCCCUGGAUACUUUAUUAGCCUCUCCCCCUCGCUCAGUGUGUGUGGGAGAGAGAGAGAGAGGGGGGAUUUGCUGAGCUCACCACCACCAUGCUACGUCCUGCUGCUGUCAGUGCAGCAGCUGCUGCGUCUGUGUGGCUGCUGGCAGUGCUAGGCCCAGUCCUGUCUCUUCCAGAUGGGGACAACUCAGAGGCAGACUUAAGCCUCUGCAGCCACUGCUUCUACAGACAGACGCCUCCUCAGGGAGUCUCUGCAGGGCCGCUGCUGCGCCCACUCUGCCACAGACUGCCGGGGGGACAAACGUUUGCCACUCUGUCCAAACCGACCUGUGACACAGCUGUCUACUCUGCCUUCCAUCUCAGCCAUGAAGGGGCAGAGGGAGAGGGUGGGGGAGAGGCUGUGGAAGAAGAUGACAACACAGAAGUCGCAGUACCAGCCCUUCUCAAAAGAGGCGGGGAUCUCUCUGAUCCUGUCUCACCCACUGACUCCCCGCUUCAACACUGGGACUCAGCAGUCACAACACUGGUCCAGACAAGCCUGACGCCACAGUGCAGCGCUUUAGGGGGAAAUCUCUACGUCCUGACUGGGGCGGGAGGUCUCAGGGCCGCUGAGGAUGGAGGCGAGGACUGUCAGACUCAGCCGCUCUGGUCGGCAGUGUGCUGUGCUGUCCCCGAGGGGAAGAGUGGCUUCAGUGUGGGGCUAAUCAGAGAGACAGGGGAAGGGGAGAGGCAAGUGAGUGUGAAGGAGCUGGAGGAGAUCCUGGGGGUGGGAGAGCUGUUCUCAGAGAGCUGUGGAGGAGUAGAUGGGGAGUCUGUUGAAAUCACAGCAGGCCUUCACAGUGAGGAGCUUGUUACAAAUACAGGAGAUGUAAAUAUAGAAGAUGCUGAUCCUGCUGAUCCUGCUGAUCCUGCUGAUCCUGCUGAUGAAGCUGAUGAAGCUGAUGAAGCUGAUGAAGCUGAAGAUGUAGUGUCAAACACUGCUGGACAAGCCACUGAAGAAGAGGAGGUCAGUUCGGAUACAACCAGCCAAGACUUAAACGAGCACACUGAGGAAAGCAGAGAGGCACAGAGCGCUGAAGAACAGGCGUCUGCUGUUGAUGCUCAGCCAGAGGAAGCUGAUGUUGCUGAUGUCACACAAGAAACGUCAGAUCGUUCUGAAACUGCAGAGAGUAGCAACGAUGAGCAGCAGGACGUCACACUCUCAGAAAGUGCUGGAUCAGAGUCUCCCGAGUCCCCAGCUGAUCCUGAAACUGUGGAUGAACAACAGACAGACACAAAUUCCAGCAGCACACUAGUCUACCUCCUUUCCUCCGCCAUGUCCAUUAUCAAAGCUCCACUGCGGCCGGUGUUCUCAACCAUCACACAGUUACCUGGACAGGUGACGUAUGUUCUUCAGGAAGACCUCGGAGUUCUGUCCGCCCUGCCUGGAGAGACUUAUUCCUUUUUCCACCUCUUGACGUCUGAUCUUUUAUCCUGGCUGGGCUCAGCUGCAGACCUGCUACUUGGCAUCGGAGAAACCUGUCUAUCCAAUACCUACUUCUGCACCUCCUCCAUAUUUGGGGCCUUGUUUGACAGCUGUCACACAGGGGUCACUGGAAUCGGGACUCUGGCUGGAGACACAGUGGGGAUUUUUGGCGGUGCGCUGGAUAAUGUGUGGUGGGUGACCAAGUUUUUUGGAGGGCGGCUGUGGGAGCAGAGUGAGGGGUAUGUAGGCACAGUUGUGUCAGAGAUGGGGGGUCAGGCCAAAGCUGUAGGUGGAGGGGUUGGGAGGCUGGCUUGGAGAAGUGGGAAUGGGGUGGGUAAAGUGUUUAGUAUGGGAGGGGGAAUAAUAAUGGGGAUAGUUGAUAUGAUCAUUGGUGCAGUGAGAGGAGCUUUUGGAGAGGAGUCUGAGUGAUAAGUGGAGGAAAGUUCAAACUUCUCUUGAUGCCGUUAGCAACAAACUUUCCAAAGUGUAUCUGCAGGUUUGGUUUGUAAAUGUCUCAAGCACAUAAAUGAGUGUGGAAAAAGGGCAAACUUUUUCAAUCUGAUGUCUUGUGAUAUGCCUUAGCUGUUUCGAAGGAUUCAAUGAACACAUAUUUUUACACUGUAGGUCUUACACAUCACUGUUGCUGGCUUUCCAAUAAUCUCCUGUAUUUAAGAGCUGGGAUUAGUGUCCCAAACUGUGAUUUGAAAAACACUGUGCACAAGGCUUUUGGAUGUAAUUAUUCAAUAUAUAAUUCUUGUUUGAUCAAUGUUGAUUAAUGUUUGCUAAAAUGUUCAUUUGAAUAAAAGAAAUGGUUGGCUUAUUCUA